GCUCCAAUAAGGUGUACUCACUCACAGCAUACAUACAAGAUCUGCAUCAAAGCGAGAGAGUUACAGUGUGCACCGCUACGACUUUGGCAAUAUAUAUAAUGGCCUCUCGGUCUCUGGCCACCUCCUCUGUCCUCCUGCUCGCCCUCGCCCUUACCGCAGACGCGGCCACCUUCUCGAUCGUCAACAACUGCAAGGACACGGUGUGGCCUGCGGCUCUCCCGGGCGGCGGCGCUCGUCUGGAACCGGGCCAGACGUGGCCGCUCGAGGUGCCCGCCGACACGGCGCACGCGCGGAUCUGGGCGCGCACGGGGUGCUCCUUCGACGGCAACGGGCGCGGGACGUGCGAGACGGGCGACUGCGGCGGCGCGCUGGUGUGCACCGUCUCCGGGAAACCCCCCGCGACGCUGGCCGAGUACACGCUCGGGAACCCGGACUACAUCGACAUCUCCCUCGUCGACGGCUUCAACGUGCCCAUGUCCUUCCAGUGCGGCGGCAAGGGCCCAAGCUGCGCGGCCGACAUCAACGCGCAGUGCCCCGCCGAGCUCAAGGUCCCCGGCGGCUGCGACAGCGCGUGCCAGAAGUUCGGCGGCGACACCUACUGCUGCACCGGGCCGUACACCACCAACUGCCCGCCGACGAACUACUCCAAGUUCUUCAAGGGGCUGUGCCCGGACGCCUACAGCUACGCCAAGGACGACCAGACCAGCACCUUCAACUGCCCCCAGGGCUCCAACUACCAGGUCGUCCUAUGCCCAUGAGCAGAUCGACCAUGCAUGGAGUCCACACGCGUGCAUGCAGCAUGCGUCCAUAGGAUCACCACAUAUAUAUUACUACCACGUUAAAAUAUAAGGGGGUUGAUGUAUACGGCUCACGAAUAAGGCCUUAGUAGGUCAAUCAGUUUAUGUACGUGCAUAUGCGCGAGUGUUCAUCAAUAAAAGUUCAGCUUUGACUAAAGAAAAA